AUAUAUUAUAUAUAUUGCAGAUAUUACGAUGGCCGCCAUUUCUAUGCUAAACCCCAAGGCUGAGAUCGCCAGAGCCUCCCAGGCUCUAGCGGUCAAUAUGUCCGGAGCAAAGGGUCUGCAGGAGGUUCUGAAGACCAAUCUUGGUCCUAAGGGAACCAUGAAGAUGUUGGUUUCUGGGGCUGGAGAUAUUAAGAUUACCAAGGAUGGAAAUGUACUCCUCCAUGAGAUGCAGAUCCAGCAUCCUACUGCUAGCUUGAUUGCCCGUGCAUCUACUGCCCAGGAUGAUAUAACCGGAGAUGGAACAACAUCAACUGUUCUUCUUAUUGGAGAGUUCUUGAAGCAGGCGGAUGUGUAUAUCUCAGAGGGUCUUCACCCCAGGAUAAUCUGUGAGGGGUUUGAUCUGGCCAAGGCUAAAGCUCUUGAGGUUCUUGAGCAGAUGAAGAUCCAGCUUACUGAACCAGAGAGGAAGGAGAUCCUCACAGCAGUAGCCAGGACUUCUCUUGGAACUAAAGUUCACCCUAAACACGCAGAUAUGCUCACCAGUAUUGUCGUAGAUGGAGUUCUAGCAGUCAGGAAAGAGGGAGCUCCUAUCGACCUUCACAUGGUGGAGUUGAUGGAGAUGCAGCAUAGGUCGGAGACUGACACACAGUUGGUCCGUGGUCUGGUUUUAGAUCAUGGCUCCAGGCACCCCGAUAUGCCUAAAAGACUGGAAAACUGUUAUAUCCUGACGAUGAACGUGUCCCUGGAGUAUGAGAAGACAGAGGUGAACAGCGGGUUCUUCUACAAAUCCGCUGAGGACAGAGAGAAGCUGGUCAUAGCGGAGAGGCAGUUCAUUGAGGAUAGGGUCAACAAGAUUGUCGAGCUGAAGAAGAAGAUGUGUGAUGGGACAGAUAAGAGUUUUGUUGUGAUCAAUCAGAAGGGAAUUGAUCCCUUCUCCCUGGACGUAUUCGCCAAGGAAGGAAUCAUCGGGCUCAGGAGAGCUAAGAGGAGGAACAUGGAGAGGUUAGCCCUGGCCUGUGGUGGGGUUGCCAUGAACAGUGUCGAUGAGUUAGAUGCUGAUUGCCUGGGUUAUGCUGGUAUUGUGUACGAGCAUGUUCUUGGAGAGAACAAAUACACAUUUGUUGAGGACUGUAAGAACCCCCUCUCCGUUACCAUUCUCAUGAAGGGACCCAACAAACACUCCCUUCAACAGAUCAAGGACGCUGUGCGCGAUGGUCUCCGAGCUGUGAAGAACGCGCUUGAAGACGGAUGUGUUGUUCCCGGCGCAGGUGCAUAUGAGGUAGCAACCCACGCUGCGCUCAAGAAGUAUCUGGAAACUGUCAAGGGUCGCGCACGUCUUGGAAUUCAGGCUUAUGCUGACGGCCUUCUUGUGAUCCCUAAAGUUCUUGCGCAGAAUGCCGGAUACGAUUCUCAGGAGGUCAUGGUCAAACUUCUCGAAGAAUCAACCUCCGACCAAUGGGUUGGAAUUGAUUGCGAGAGUGGCGAGGCUUGUAUCCCUGCACAGCAGGGCAUCUACGACAACGUCAGAGUCAAGAAGCAGAUGAUCAACUCCUGCACCGUCAUCGCCAGCAACCUGCUCCUCGUCGACGAGAUCAUGCGCGCCGGCAUGUCCAGCCUGAAGGGUUAAACCGUUUUGCUCAUGCGCGUUCCUUUCGGCCGCGCAUGCGUGGUACACGAUCUGAACGAACCGCCCAUUACGUCACUUCUCAAACUUGAUUUUGCACCAUGUGAUGUCGAUCUUGUCUUAAUGAUAAAUAAUAACUAAUAAUAAUCCUGCUUCAUUAAUAAUUAUUGAUUAAUAAUCAGUGUUUGAAUUAUUUCAGA